UCAAUGCAUUCUUGUGAGUGCUCUGUAGAAAUAUGAAUUAGUGCGGAAUCAGUGAUCUCUAACUUAGGAAACAUUUUUUUUAAUUAGGUAGCGAUUUAAAUUCUGGCGGUAUUUAGUGUAAACAAAUGUAUUAAUAUAAAGGGGCUGUCAGUUUCUUUUGUGGCGGUGUGUUGAUCUAUCGAAAUCGCGGAGUGGAGUAUAUUGGCAUUCUAAUAUGAAACUGUUGGCGUUAAUCACUCUAUUCGUGCCACUUAUAAGUGCCGAUAUAUUCCCGUUAUCCAUAAUACACAUCAAUGACUUCCACGCAAGAUUCGAGCCGACGGACACAUCGGGCGGUACGUGUGAUGCUGGCGAAGAGUGCAUUGGCGGUUAUGCGCGCACCGUUUACAUGGUAAAGCGUUUGCUGCACGAACAAAAGGACCAAAAUGCGGUUUACUUCAAUGCAGGCGACAGUUUCCAGGGCACACUUUGGUACAAUAUCGGACGAUGGAAUGUGACGAGUCAGUUUCUGAAUAUGUUGCCCGCAGAUGCUAUGACACUCGGCAAUCAUGAGUUUGAUCACGGCAUUGAGGGUGUUGUGCCAUUUUUGGAGACCAUCAAUUCUCCGAUGUUGGUCGCAAAUAUGGACGCAAGAGAUGAGCCGGACAUGCAGGGUAAAUACAAAAACUCCAUAAUAAUCGAACGUAGUAACAGGAAAAUCGGCGUCAUCGGCAUUAUACUCGAAACCACUUAUGAUUUGGCCAAUACUGGUAAUUUGAUCUUCACAAAUGAGAGCGCCGUUAUACGUGAGGAAGCAAAAAAGUUGAAAGCACAGGGUGCUAAUAUAAUUAUUGCCAUUACGCAUUGCGGUUAUGAUGUGGAUAAAUUAAUUGCACAACAUGCUGGUGAUGAAGUCGAUGUUAUAGUAGGCGCGCACUCACACACCUUCCUAUACACGGGUGAUAAUUUGCCUGGUCCAGACAAACCACGUGGUCCGUACCCAACUGAGGUGGUGCAUGAGAAUGGACAUCGCGUUUUGAUCGUGCAAGCUGCAGCUUAUGCCAAGUAUGUUGGUAAUAUAACAGUAUUCUUCGACGAUGAUGGCAAUGUGGUUGACUAUUCGGGUGCUCCGAUUUAUAUGGGAUCAGAUGUACCAGAGGACUCCGACGUUUUGAAAGCCAUGCUGCCAUGGAAGGAGAUAAUUGAUGCAAAGGGUUCGGUGGUUGUUGGUGAGUCCAAAGUUGAAUUGGAUAUGUCAACAUGCAGCGAUUCCGAGUGCAAUUUGGGAAAUUAUUUCUGUGAUGCCAUGAUACAUGCUUUUACUGGUUUAACAACGUAUUCGGAAGUGCCAUGGACAAAUGUUUCGAUUGGCCUAAUAAACACAGGAGCUCUACGAGUUCCGCUAAAAAAAGGAAAUCUAACAUACGGACAUCUAGUGACAAUGUCGCCAUUUGAAAAUGUACUAACGGCCUUCAAUUUACCAGGACAUAAGCUUUUAGAAGCAUUGGAAUAUAGUGUGAAACCGAUAGAUAUCAGGAAUAAUAUAACUAACUCAGAGUUAUAUAUGCAAGUUGCUGGUUUAAAGAUCACGUUUGAUUACAAUAAACCAGUUGGUGAGAGAGUCGUUAAUGUUAAAGUACGCUGUGCAAAUUGUGCCAUUCCACGUUAUGAGAAUUUCGAUUCGAAGAAAAUUUAUCGUAUCGUGGCACCAGAUUUUCUAGCUGAAGGAGGUGGUGGUUUCACCAUAUUCAGAGAUUAUGGAACAGACUGGCAAAAGGAAAUGACAGAUAUUGAUGCUCUCUUAUCGUUCACACGAAAUACAAGUCCCAUAUACAUUGGAAGAGAGAAACGCAUAUCGGUAUUGCGAUACACAUUCUAUGUCCCUUAUUAUUCAAUUUCUUAUACGGCUAACAAGACAACAACCAUUAUUAAAUUUGUACGAUUAUCUGUACAAUUAAUGCCUACAGACCCGGAAACUGCGGCUGCACUUAAACCAGUUAAAGAAGAGAUGGAUAAGGUAGGAGCAGUUGUUCAGGGUGAGACCAAAGUGGAAUUAAGAAAGUCAACCUGCAGCUAUGAUGAGUGCAACUUGGGCAACUUUUUCUGCGAUGCUAUGAUACAUGCUUUCGUUGGCUUGACACCGUACUCGGAGAAACCGUGGACGAAUGUUUCAAUUGGUAUCGUAAACACCGGUGCGCUGCGUGUACCUCUAUACAGAGGAAAUAUUACCUAUGCGCACAUAGUGACGAUGUCACCGUUUGAAAACCAACUGACUGCAUUCAAUCUGCCUGGUCAUAAGCUGUUAGAAGCUUUGGAAUACAGUGUUAGCCCAAUUGAUUUCGAAAACGGUGUAACUAGCUCCUACAGAUUUUUGCAAGUAGCCGGUCUUAGGAUAACCUACAAUUAUACUAACAAAGUUGGAGAAAGAGUGGUCGAUAUUAAAGUUCGGUGCGUCGAAUGCGAUAUACCAAUUUAUGAAGACUUUGAUUCAAAGAAAAUUUAUCGUAUCGUUGCACCAGUUUUUCUCGCAGAAGGCGGCGAUGGUUUCACAAUGUUAAGAGAUCAUGGUUCCGAUUGGCAAAAUGAGAUGUCCGACUUGGAUGCACUACUUUCAUACACAACGCAAGUAACUCCAAUUUACAUAGGAAAGGAGAAACGUAUAAAUGUAUUGCGAAAGUACGAAGAAGUUUUAAAGCUGAGACAAGUAUGGGCUACUAAUAUCACUACCGAGGGCAAUGUUGUUAUUGGCACUUCCAGAGUAACAUUAUAUAAUAAUAACUGCGCUUACUCUGAAUGCAAUGUGGGGAAUUUCUAUACUGACGCAAUUUUGCAUGCUUUUUUACGCUUGGAUCCCUACAGUACAGAAAAGUGGGCCAAUGCCGCAAUAGCCCUAACAACCAGUGCUGAAAUGAGUGCUGUCAUUUCACGUGGCAGUAUUACUUACAAAGAUGCUUUUGCGCUUUGCUCGUACGAAGGUGAUCUCAUGACUUUUGAUUUGACUGGUAAAUAUUUGCUGGAAGCUUUGGAGUACAGUGUGUCAGCAAUUGAUCUAGAAAAUAAUGUCAAUGAGACUUAUAGGUUUUUACAUAGUUCAGGCAUUAGGGUUACGUACGAUCUUCGAGCUGCUAAAGGCAAUAGAGUCGUAAAGGCAGAGGCGCGUUGCACUGAUUGCGCUAUUCCUUUAUAUGAACCAUUAUCUCCAGCUAGAGAUUAUCGUAUUGUUGCUACUAAGUAUGUGGCCACCGGCGGUUACGGAUAUUCAAUGUUCACGAAUUAUGGAACAUCGCCCAAAACACUUCCGGUCAAUGAACUGACAGCGUUGAUCGAUUAUUUGAAAGUUGAAUCACCGGUUAUUAUGGGCUUGCAGGGACGAAUUAAACUAAGUUAAAUUGGUUGAUAACUUGGAAUAAAACUCCACAGUUUCUUUUUCUGUACCGAUGAAAUUAUUAAUAAUAAUUAAAUUUUAAUCUUCCAAUAAUUUUAAA